AUGUCCAGAGAUGCUCCUUUGAAAGCGGAAAAGGACUAUACCGAAAUUUUGGGUGAAGAGCUGCCCAAAAUUAGCGUUUUGGCACAAAAUGAUGUGGAAGGUGCUGUGAAUCAAUUGCUGGUCUUGGAAAAAAAGACUCGCCAGGCGUCAGAUCUGGCUUCCUCCAAGAGAGUCGUUGGUGAGCUAGUGGAUUUGCUGGCUUCGAAAAACCAAUGGGAAAGUUUGAAUGAGCAAUUAGCUUUGCUAGCUAAGAAGCAUGGGCAGCUGAAAUUAUCGGUGCAGUUUAUGAUUCAGCGUAUCAUGGAAAAACUGGAUGAUAUCACCGACCGUGAUACCAAGGUGAGCGUUAUUGAAGCUAUUCGUACCGUCACAGAGAACAAAAUAUUCGUUGAAGUGGAAAGAGCCCGUAUAACGCGCAUAUAUUCUCGCAUAUGCAGAGAGGAGGGAAAGACAGAUGAGGCCACAGACUUGUUAUGUUCUUUACAAGUGGAAACUUUUGGAUCAAUGGAAAUGUACGAGAAAAUAGGCUUUAUUCUUGAGCAGAUGGAACUGAGCAUCCUGAAAGGCGACUUUCCACAGGCAACAGUGCUUUCGAGAAAGAUUUUAAAGAGGACUUUCAAAAAUGAAAAAUAUGAGUCUUUGAAACUUGAAUAUUUCAACCUUUUGAUCAAAAUCGGUUUACACAAAUCAGACUAUCUGCAAGUGGCGCAGUACUACCAAGAAAUUUACAACACAGAGUCGAUCCGGGCAGACGAUGCCAGCUGGAAGUACGCCUUAACCCAUGUUGUCAUGUUCCUUGUGCUGACCCCAUACGACAAUCUUCAAAGUGAUUUGAUUCAUAAGAUUCAGCUCGACAACAAUCUGAAAAAAUUGGAAAAACCAGAAUCACUGGUCAAACUGUUUACUACCGCUGAAUUAAUGAGAUGGCCUAUCGUUAAAGAGAGCUACGAAAAGUUUUUGGACGCAGAUGACGUAGCUUUCGGCUCUCACACCAACCAUUGGGAUGACCUCCGCAAGAGAGUCAUUGAACACAAUUUAAGGGUCGUUUCCAAAUAUUACACGCGCAUCAAUCUGUCCAGGUUAAAUGAGCUUUUGGAUCUCACGGAGGCAGAGACUGAAAGAUUCAUCAGUGAUUUGGUCAAUCACGGUGUAAUUUACGCCAAAAUUAAUAGACCGGCCAAAAUAGUAAAUUUCGGGAAACCCAAGAACUCGAGCUCUUUGCUUAAUGAAUGGUCCUCAAACGUCGACCAGUUACUGGAACAGAUAGAAACUAUUGGCCAUCUCAUUACGAAAGAAGAGAUCAUGCAUGGAAUGAAAGCGACUUGA